AAUCUUCCGGCAAGUAGGGCACCGUUUCUCGCUUACCCUCCUUCCCCGGCCGCGGCGAGGGCCCACCGUCCCGCGGGGCUCGCCGCCCCGCAUGUAGGCGAGGCCUAGGAGGCCCGCCUGCCCCGCUUCCCGCGGGAGCUGAGGGGCCCUGGCGUGAGGGAGGCCGUAGAGGGGCUGUACAGGCCCAAGGCGGCCUCCGUGGGGCUAUGGCUUCUCGGGAGGGUUUGGAAACCUCCUCCUUCAGCCUGAGCGAUGUAAGAGAGCGGAUGCGGGAGAAGAAGAAUGGUGCCCUGCGGACUGCAAAGCUGAAUGCCUCGCUUGCAUCGAAAAUCAAAAUGAAAAUUAUUAACAACUCCUCCACUAUUAAAGUAUCCCUAAAACAUAACAAUAAAGCACUGGCCCUGGCCCUCAAUGCGGAGAAGGCCAAGGUACACCAGCUCAUUCAGGAGAAGAUCGUCUUACAGAAGGAGGUGGAGCAGUGCCACUUCGAGAAUGCUGUCCUGCGGCACAAACUCUCCUUCCAGGAUAAUAUCUUGAAAGAGUUUGAAAACCUUAUGGCUGCAGUUAAGGUGGCCCAACUCUCUGAGAAGAGCAGCACGAGUGACGAUAGCUGGGCCUAUGAUGUUGCAGAUGGUCAGCUUAUGAGGGCUGCAGGGAUGCCAAUGAGGGUGCCCGUUUCCAAGGUGUGUGAUGCAGAACAGCAAGGUAGCAGCUCCACAGCAGUAACAUUGUCCACACUAGAUCUUCAGAGACCUGCUUCUAAUGAGCCACUGGAAACUGUGCCCAUUGCCUCCAAAGACACUUUGCCACCACAGCCAGCUGAGAAGCCUCAGUCCCACCAGGAAGAGAAUGGGAAGAAGCUGACUGAAGCAAUGGAAGCACAAGAGGCUUUUCUUGACCCUGGCAUCUUUGGAGAGGACUUGUGCACCACCCAGCAAAAUCCCAACAGUUUGCCAGUGCUUGCCUGGGAAAGUCAUUCCCUUUCAUAUGAGGGCAAUGAGGUGACAAAAGAUUUCUUUGAUCGUCUCUCACAAGGGCAUGUUACUCAGAGGAGAAAGCGUUCCAUGCUGUUCGCAACAAGCACUCCAUCUUCUGGUGUGGAUACCUUCCCAUGUGUCAGUUCCACUCAGACAAACGACAGCAGCAGCUCCAGCAAGAGCAACACACAGCCACAGUUGAAAUCUCCUAGCUCUCUGGUUUCAUCUACUCAAACCACUGUUAUCCCUGAUAGAAAAUCUUUGGGUAAAGAGAUUUUAUGUGAUCAGCCACAGGCUAAAGAAACUGGGUGUGGUGUUGAAACUGACCCCAGUAGCCAAGUCCCUGCGUUUGUUCCUGUAAAGGUUAAAAGCAAAGGUAGUUGUAAAACUGGUGAAAAAACAACUGUUAAAAAAGCAAGCACAAGAAAGAAGAAAAAAAAUACAAUUAAUGCAGAAAGUAGUCCUGAUCUACCUCAAAGUGAAGAGAGAGCUCAAAGUGCAAAGAAGCUUCUUAAGCCAAAAGUUGCAACAUGUGCUAGUGAGCCUGAAGUUUCUGAGAAGAGGCAGAAAGCUUGUAAGGGGGCUUUCAACAAGAAGAACAGAGGCUGUGAUGUGGAACAGCAUUCCCACUCUCCUGAUGAAGUCCAAGAUCUCGGAAGAGCAUAUGUGAUGAAUCCAGCACAGCUGCACAAUCUUGGAAGUGGUGACUUACUGCAACAGGUUAAGAAGGAAGAUAUCUUUGAGAUCCAAAGCAACAGCUUGUCAAAAAGCCCAGUUCAUGCCUUCUCAAGUAAUGAAAUUCCCUCAGGUGAUUCCAGUCUACGAAAUUCACUUUUGAGGAAAGAGACCUCAAGUGCUUGUGCUUUGCAAGAGGACUUGGGUGUGAACACACAGAGCAUCAGACAGAAAACCAGCAGAAAAACUAGAGUAAUUAGGCAAAUAGAUGACUCUGAGGAGAAUCUGCCAAUCAGUGUGAAAACACCAGAGGCCAAAGCUGAAGAACAGCCGAAAAGAAGCCGGACAAGCAGGAAGACGACUGUCAGGAAAAGCAGUUGCAGUGAUCAGAGAAAGGAAGUUAAUUUUUUUGGGCCAUGUAUAGGUAGUCAAGAAGUAGCUAAGGAGAAUACAAAGGAUUCACCGAGUAAUCUUAAAUGUAGCAGGAGAACUUACAUUGUCCGUCUUUUGGAUCUUGCGGGAAACAUGGAACAUGUCCAGACAGAUCUUGAAGGUGUUGAAAUUGUAUCUUCCAGACCUGUUUCUGGGAGCAAACCUAGCAAAAUCCCCAGGGUUCAGAGGAUAGUAGCUGCUCAGAGCAGUAAAAAACAGACAGGAGACCUUCAAGAAAAGGAGCAAGCUAAAGUUGGCAACAACAAGAGUGCUUCAAAUAAAGAGGCUUAUCCCAAACCAAAGUGUCAGAGGAAGAGGAACACCUCUAGUUCUCCAGAGACCAAUUCCCUGGCCAGACAAAGUGGUGGUGCCAAGGCACACUAUGGAGGCUCGGCAGAACUUGCAAACUGUCCUGUCCUGUCAUUUGAGUUCUCCGGCAUUACGGAUCUGCUCCCUCAGCCACCUGCCUUCCUGGAGGAGCAGACAGCUGACAUAUCACUUAGCAAAAAUCUUAUCGACACUUCAUACAGUCUUGAAUUCUCCUCUGCGACUUGUUCUGCAGCUUUGCCUGUCAGCUCCAGGCUUACAGAUGUACCAGUUUCCAGUAGCUUAAGUACAGAGGGUAACAGAGUGCUGGAGAAAUCCUCUGUUUGGCUGGAAAGCUCCCUGAUAUCGAAAGAAAAGACUGCAGAGGAAACAUCUGGGGAAAGAAACCAGGUUGAGUCAAGUUCUUGGAGCUCAUCUUCACAGGAACCUGAGAUCAGGCCACUACAGGACUCAACCAAUGUGAGGACUGUGUCUUCCUCCAGCUUGGAAGAAGUGUCAAAGUGCUUGUCCAGGCGGAGACAGCAGCCAGUCUGCUAUACAGAGCCAAAACUCAACAGCAAACUGAGGCGGGGCGACCCAUUUACAGACAUGCAGUUCUUCCACUCUUCCUGUAAAAAGAAAACUGCCAAAGCCAAAGAAAUGACUAAGAGGAUCAAAAAAGAAAAAGAAUGGUUUCCUGAAGGUUGUCCCAGUGCCAAGACAGACAAGCUAAUAACAACGGGAAAAGACAUGGAGCCAGAAGUGACUUGCUGAUUGAAGAGGCAGUCCCCAAGUUCCUAGGGGCCUGUGCAUCUUUGCUAGAAUAUCUCUUAUGUUUUGCAUAGCUUAUUUUUUCUUUUAAUUGUGAAGUAUAAAUAAAGUCUUCUACGUGGACGGUAUAAA